AUCGUAAUUGAAUGAUGACAUUUCUUUCAAUGUUCACGUCCUACUUGCAUGGCUGUUGAGUGCCUUCACGUAGAAAACAGUUUUGAGUAGUAAUAUGUGACUAUUACGUAGUAACUAGAAACUUGUAGAUUAUAAAGAUGUUUUCGAGAAAAGUAAGUCGGGUGGUGAAGUAUGGACUGUACGGCAGUGUAGCAAUAGGUGGUUCAGUUACCGCUGCCGUAAAACUUAACGAUGGUGAUUAUGACUCCUUGGCUAUCGUCAGACUCUCCAGGACAGCGUACACGGCAGUGGAAAUUGGGAGGACGUAUAAGUCGUUGCUGUACAGCAAGGAAUGGGAUAGAAGCUCAAAAGAAUAUUUGGAGGUCAAGAGUCAAGCUCAUCAAAUUGGGGCACAGAAACUGCUUGAGCUAUGUAAAGCCAACAAAGGUGUGUACAUAAAGGUAGGGCAGCAUGUAGGCGCCUUGGACUACUUACUGCCCAAUGAGUAUGUGAUGACAAUGAGAAUAUUGCAUAAGGAUGCUCCACAAAACACUGUGGAGGAACUGUAUAAAGUGAUGAAAGAAGAUUUGAAACAGGAUCCCAAAGAUUUAUUUGAAGAAUUCGAGCCUGAACCACUUGGCACCGCCUCACUAGCACAAGUACAUAAAGCUAAAUUGAAAGAUGGCACAGAUGUGGCAGUUAAAGUUCAACAUUUCUUUGUAAGAGACAAUGUGAAAAUAGACCUCAAAUGGAUGGAAUUCAUCAUAAACACAAUGUCAAAAAUAUUUCCUGACUUUGAAAUGCAAUGGUUAAUUGAUGAAACCAAAAAGAAUAUAGCAAAAGAGCUGGAUUUUGUACAAGAAGGUCGUAAUGCAGAGAGAGUGGCUGAAUUAUUUAAAAACUACACAUGGUUGAAGGUGCCAAAGAUUUUCUGGGAUUACAGUACUGAAAGAGUUCUUGUUAUGGAGUAUGUCAGUGGAGGUCAAGUCAAUGAUGUUAAGUACAUUGAUGAACAUAAAAUCAAUAGAUUUGAUCUGUGUAAGAAGCUGGGUGACCUUUACUCGCAUAUGAUCUUCAUCAGUGGUUUCGUACACAGUGACCCCCAUCCAGGCAACAUUCUCGUAAAGAAAGAUCCCAAAGAUAAGGAUGUUACCGUCUACCUACUGGACCACGGUUUGUAUGCUCAAUUGACGGAAAAGUUUAGAUAUCAUUAUUCAAAGUUAUGGCUAUCAAUAAUUGAUCGCAACCGAGACGAGAUGCGGGUUCAUGCGGAAGAAUUGGGAAUACGCAAGGAGUUAUACGGGUUAUUUGCUUGCAUGGUCACUGGGCGACCGUGGGACACCAUUAUGAAAGGCAUUGGUCGGACUAGACCAACGUCUGAUGAGAAAUCAACAUUCCAAAAUGAGUUGCCGAACAUUUUGCACUAUGUUACACAAUGUUUAGAGCACGUUGAUCGACAGGCUCUUCUAGUGUUGAAGACGAACGAUCUUAUUCGCAGCAUUGAGUACGCUCUCGGUAUGCAAGACCGAAUGUGCGGCUUCAUUAUCAUGAGCCAGUGUUGUGUACAGAGUGUCUAUAACCUCGAGUAUAAGAAUACAUCGUCGCUGCUCAAAAAGUCUUAUUUAAACCUUAAGUUUGGCUGGUCAUUAGUGUUGUUAUAUUUCUACAGUUUAUAUUUAAAGGUACACUUUAAAUUUUCAUAGAAAUAGAAUAGCCAAUAUUAGUCCAAUUGGGUAUGGUAAAGGGAUUUGAAAGUCUGAGCAAAGCCACUAGAAGCUUUGAAUAUAAUGUACCUACCUAUUUAUUUGUUUAGAAUAGCUCGCGAUGUUAUGCACAGCGCAUUCAAAUAAUUUACCUAAGAUGGCAGUAGGCAAGAAUAUGUAGAACGUUUGCUACGCACAAUUUGCUAAAUUCAGGCCAUAGUUUUGAUUGCAUUUUUAGGGUUCUGUACCAAAGGAUUCCGUUCUGUAUCUGAACCAUGAUAGACAGUUGAAAUUUUCACAGAUAAUGUAUAACUGUUGCUGCUAUUGCAUCAAGCUACUUGCUAUGAGAAUGUAGUAUACAUUUUAGAGUGGUUCCAUACCACUAUGAGCGCGUUUUUUUAUUCAGAUUAUUAAACUUAAUUUCCGCGAAUACAUUGCUAUCGCGAUUUGCACUGACGAUGAUUGAAACUUAUCUAAUGCUAGGUAAAUGUACGGAAAUUUUCACGUUUUUUACAUAGUUUAAAGAGAUUGGGGUUGUGUUUAGCAUAAUAAUAAACAAUAAUGCAGAUAGGCAAGACAAGAGUAACGUUAAUAUCCGGCAUGGUUCACAAAGGUGACAAGUUGAGAAACUUGUACCUAACUACAAUAGUUACGCUAGUCCAAAUAAUACCUCCAAAGGUAGGCAGAGUAUUAUUUUUGUACAUAACCAGUGUUAAACUGAUAUUUGUAAAUAAUAAUCAGAUACAGCAAUUUUAUACCAUGUAUAACAUAAAUUAUUAUUAAAAUAUGAUAAUGUUACAUUGUUAAGUUUUAUUUUUGAAAUAGAGAUGUAUUUAUUGUAAA